AUGGCCAAGUGGGGGCAGGGGGACCCGCGCUGGAUCGUGGAGGAGCGCGCGGACGCCACCAACGUCAACAACUGGCACUGGACGGAGCGGGACGCGACCAGCUGGUCGAAGGGCAAGCUGAAGGAGGUGCUGGUGGGGCUGGUGGUGGAGGGCGAGGCCGGGCGCUGCGAGAUCAGCGACCUGAAGCACGUGGAAGGCGAAGCGUCCUGCAACAGCCGCAAAGGGAAACUCAUCUUCUUCUACGAGUGGAACCUGCGCCUCGGCUGGAGAGGUACAGUGAAAGAGUCUGGUGAGAAACAUAAGGGAUCUGUUGAAAUUCCUAACCUGUCAGAAGAAAAUGAGGUAGAUGAUACAGAGAUAAACAUCAGCAAAAAGAAAGGGGAAGGCGAUGUUCUGCAGGACCUCAUGAGAACUGAAGGAACCACAAAAGUCAGAGAGGCCCUGAGAGAUUACCUGAAAGCACUUAAAACAGAGUUUACCUUGGGGAUGAUUCUGCCAACAAAAGCUACUGUUGGUCAGGAGCUGGCCGCUGAGCAAAAACUAAGUGGGAACACCGUGCAAGAUGCUGUUUCACCACAGCCUUUGGAAAUAGUUGGUGUAAAAAUUCCAACAGUGAAGAUACUUAUGAGAGAAAUAUUCAACUCUCCAGCAGACGAACUUUACAGCAUCUUCACAACUAAGGAAUUGGUACAGAAGUUUUCUAAAUGUCCAGCUGUGAUUGAAGCUGAGAAAGGAGGCAAACUUCAGAUGUUUGAUGGCUGUGUCACCGGUGAAUAUGCGGAAUUGGUCCCAAGCCAAAGAAUUGUCCUGAAGUGGAGGUGUAGAAACUGGCCUGACGAACAUUAUGCAACGGUUGCCUUGAAUUUCAAGGGUAUGGCUGCUCAAACGGAACUGCAUUUGGAGUGCAAAGGAGUUCCUGUCGCUAAUGAAGAUAGUACAAGACAAUGUUGGAAGAAGCAGCAUUUUGAAGAAAUACAUGUUUUACUGCAGCAAUCCCAAGACAACAUGGAAUGAUAACAGCACUGUAGUUUUGUUAGGGCAUUACUUUUUAUACUUUGUUAACAUUUGGUUUUUUAAAAAAAGUAAUUUAUUUGUGGGAAGAAUAAAGACCCAUUGCUAUGAUACUGUAUAUAAUUUAAGCAUUAUUUAUGGAUUUUUAGCGAAUGAGGUGGUGAGUAAGUCAGAUUAUGUACAUAAACAGCUUUACUUGGGGAAACUGAUCUCUCUUCUGCUUGCCUGCAACUUCAGAGAGUAACAGUGAUUCAGCUGCAGCAAAGUACUGCCAUCCCAGGUAGGUAAACUACAGGGAGCAUGUGCAGUUCUUUAACGUUCAGUGUAUCGAGUGGCAAAAUUAAAUCCCUCUAGGAAAUGGUGUGCCCAUCACAGGUGAACUGAAGGGAGUGUAAAACUGCUGAUACAUUAGAUCUCUGAAGAGCUGUGGGGGAUACAUAGUUGACAGCCUCUUCAAAUACUUCUGAAGAUUGCUUUAACUGCAGACUGAAUUUGUUUCUUAAUGCUGUAGACAGUUUUAGGGAAAAAUAAUUAACAAUGUCAUGUAAUUCGGGUUAGUAUGACAGUUACCACUGUUAAGUCUGCAUGCACUGUGUACUCCCUUACUUGACCUCAGUGUGAAAUCUAUUUUGCAAGAAACAAACAGUAAUAACGCUUUCCUUUUGCAAUUCUGUAAACCUGGCACUUCAAUGAUUUAUGGCCCUCUGCAAUUCUGUAGCUCAAAUUAAAGCGAGCAACUGUUUGUUUGUUAGAGAAAUUUGACAGGACAGCAGUUGGGAUAUUGAAAAUAGAGAAUCGUUACUCUUAUUUAAACCACACUGAGGUUAGAGCAAGGAUAAUUUAAUUCUCAAAUGCUUUAUAAAAAGUGUAUUAAGUAUGCAAUUUGAAACAAAUUGACCAAAAAAAAAGGGCAAGCUGCCUUUGGAAAACGUGGUUGGCUCAAUAAAGUAUGUGAUUUUACAUGCA